AUGAAUUUCUUGAGUCUCUCUCGCUCUGUUUCUGUCGUUUCCCAGCGAAUCGUCGCUCCUAGUCUCGUUCAAUUUGUUCGACGCAAAUCAUCCACCACCACCAAGUCCCUCCUAUUUUCGCCAUCACCACGUAAACUUGAGGUCGCAGUAACCCCGAGAAGGGUUAGUCUGAAGUUUGCGGAGGACACAAAUACAAAGGUGGCGCCGAAGGUUACCAAGGCAGCCUCUACCGCAAAGGACGUCAAAGCCAGUAUCGAGGCAAAAAUCCAGAAAGGAUUUAGUGCGAUGACUUUCAAACCAUCCAAGCCCGCAGCCACCAAGCCGACCCGCUCUAAGGUAUCCCAGGUGGCCAAGGAAACAGAGGCAAAAGCCCGCAAGCUAAGCAAUAACGGAUCGUCUGACACCGGUGCCACUUGCAAGUCACCCGGAACCAUCCCUUGCUGGGUUGAUGCAUCGCCCACGCAUAUAGCCAUCGUGAUCGGUGACUGUUAUAAAGUCUUUGCACUAAAUAAUGGAUGGAUGACCAAGUCUCGCGAUGUCAACUGGGCAGAGACAGCAGCCUUCGAGCUUCUGGCAAGGAUCCUUGCCCAGCAAGGGCGGAGUGGAGUUGUUCAUGUCAACUCGGAUAGCGCCGCAGCGCUCCGUGCAAUGUCUGGCGAGCGUGUAAAAGUCCCGGAGAUUAUGGAGUCAGUGCGCCGCACUAGCGACAUUGUCAAGGCCUCUACGUUUACUAUCAAAGGGGUCAAAGUGUCUCGCACGACCAAUGUAGCGGACGGCUUCACCCGCGGGAAGGUCGUAAAUGGAUACAAGGAGAUGGGGGACAAUAUCACCGUCCCCGAUGCGUUAGUUCCGUUCGUGAAGGCUCUGUAG